GAUGAUAGCUCCCCUCCUUCUAUUUAUAUCAAGAACAUUGUGAAAAUCACCACUGAGCUCCACGAAACUAUCAGCAGAAUGUCUUACAACCACAACGGAGAAGAUGACCUCUCUUGGUACACCAACCAGCAAGUCUCUCACCCGAUUGCUGCUUCGACUAGCAAUGACGUAAAUUCAGGAGUAAAAGUCGCCGCGAGCACCGACACAACCUCUUCGAGUCCGAACCCCACUAAGUUUCAAGCAGAGUGGCCCUAUGAAAACAGCCAGCAUGUAGAUGGCUCAUCUCAAGACUGGUAUUCGACCUCGGAUUCCAGCCAGAAUACACAUGCUUCCGCAUUUCUACCUCAAAUGCCACGAUCGCCUGGUCAGCACAGCUCAGAUGUAAACAACUUUGAUACACAGGGAAGUGGAGAACUCCCAAACGUGACGGGUCUUGGGAUCUAUUCAACUCCUGACGAGAUUCUCUACAACCCGAGCCUCCAGAACGCUUUCGGUAGUGAUAGUUAUUCUGUCCCGCAGCAGGAUACUUUAGUAGGCGAGUUCUUAGACGACUGUAACGUGGAUGCCACAGCUACUGGUUUUGGAACACCAGUUCCAUCAAGAUAUCAGACAGACAAUAAUUUAUCUGUUGGCAGUGAUAAUCCUGCAGAUAUACAAUCUUCGGCUCAGGCUGAAAAUUCUCUCUUUGGCACGUCCACUCAGUUUGCUAGCAGCACCCAAAGCGUUGAAGUUUCACAACAGGAGUCAAUGCCUCAGGGUGAACAAUAUCAAGCUGGAUUCUCCAAUGGAGCAACAAUAGCUCACCCUAACCGCCCACUGAGCGCGCCACCUGCAGGCAACUGGGUAUUGGAGCAAGGGGUCUCAUACACUGCUACUGGUCUUGGCAUACAGUUACCUUUGAACUCUUUGCCCACAGCAACGCUGCAAAAUGUUCCUCUCGCAUAUCCCGGUAACUGGCAAUACGAUGGCCAAUCAACGGGCCCAGCUAUUGACAGCGAUGUCCCGUUAGCACAACAGUCCAAUGGCACUCAAAAUGCUUCUUCCGAUACAUUAGGUGACAAUUUGUGCCAAGAUCCUGGAACUAUCCAAGAAGCGCAACUCCAACAGCAAUUAUCGCAAAUUGAUGGCUCGGGUCAGAAUACUUUACCAGGUGCACGCCAACAGAGUGAUGUAUCGAGUACACGCUCGCCGAUACGUUCAGAUAGACGUAGACACAGCGAUCCACCAUCUGUUCCAAUUCGAGAUACGAUGGAGUUACAACAAGGAGUACAGAUUCAAAGCCAGUUUUCGGAGCAAGCUGCACAGUGUCAAACGACUUUUAUCGAUGCGUCACGCGCACAUCAACAAGGCGGUGCAUUAAAUGAGGGCACACUGGGAGAUGUACGUAGCCGCAGACUCGGCGAGACUUACCCCGUUCCAGCUCAAGAGCUCCACACUACCGAUCCACCUCCUACUGGUGUCCGUACUGAGCCUCGGCAAAUAAGUCAGAAUCAAGCUGCAAGCCAGCCUGAUCGUGUUGUACAGCAGAUAAAUGCACACCCUACAACUGUCCCUGAAUUUCAUGGCAGUCAGCCUGGCGUCGGGCCUCACACGACGUUUGCAUAUCCCGAGCGCUCACACCAAAACACCUUUCAGCAGCCAACUACACAAUAUACACAGGCAGCCAUUACGAGCGGCAGCGCUAAACUGACGGAAAUUGCAAGACCUUCAUUGCAACUUGUUACAACUGCUCCACCAGCUAUGACACCACAGCAGCCCACACAGGGAGAAAAGCAGCCAAGACAGCCAGGCCGACAAUCUGAUCAAUCAAGUACUUCAUCCGUACCACAGAGCCAACGUGUACCUCAACGGGGACCACCUCGAGUUCAGAUUAGUCCACAGGCAAACUCUCCACAGGCUCAGGGUAACGACUCACAGCCGAGAAUCCCAAAAAGCCGCUUUGAUUGCACACUUCCAAGUAGAUUGGAACACAAAACGGCUGCUUUUGCCAAUGUCGAGCCAGCAGAAGACUUCGUGAAAACGGUCUCCAAGAUGCCUUUUCUAGAUAGAGUGGCGUGUAUUGAUCGAUUGAUGCGCGAAGACCUCUUCAAAGAUUACUUGAAACCACAUCUCUUCCGUGUAUACAAUACAGGUCGUGAGGAUGGUUUGAAGUUUGCACUAGAGAGGCGUAGCAAGGGACCUUUGCAUGGUAUUAUCGAAACCACAGAGAUAAACCAUGAGCGCCAGAGUAUCAAGUGGAAGACCAAGUUUGAUAACAUGCAGAUCAAGAACGAGCGCCGCAAGAGGGAACUUGCCGCUUGUAAAACUUCCGGUGGUAUGACGACCGAUACAUCUGAAAACCUUGGAGUGGCUCCCUCCGGCAUCAAGCGCAGUCAUCAAACACUAGCAUCGGCUCAGGAUUCUCACUAUGAGAUUGAUGACGACGAAAUGAUUGAGUCCGUCAAUGGCUCCGAUGACCAAUCAUUUGUCCACCUUCGAAAUUCGCCAAAGAAGCCUCGAACUUCCGGGCCAGCAUCUUCAGGACUUAGGCCUUCAAAUAUCACGGACAAAUUCUGUUCGCAUGCUGUCGAGAAUAUUCCAUUCCUUCCUGAUCCUAUCCACAGCCAAUUGCGCAGUCUCAGCAUUGAGCAACUCAUCAUUCCAGUACAGAAAUACAUCAAUCAAAAUGGUGAGAUCGCCGACACCAAUGUUGAGCACUGGCGUGCUUGUGCAGGACAGGCUGCUGGUACCGAAAUGGAGCAAGAAAUGGCUUGCACACAUUGCGCUGACCACGUGCAGGAUGGAUCUGUACCCUUUGCAAGCUGUGUCAUUAUUGGCGCCACCAUCCCAGCUGGAAAGCACUUCAAAGGUGCUUGCAUGAAUUGUGUCUAUCUUGGUAAGGAUCAAGAUUGCAGCCUUCGACGUGGCGAGAGUGAGGAAACUGAAGCUCAAUGAAUUUGAGAUCAAUAGGGCUAGGGAGCUGGGGGGCUGGAGAGAGCCGGGGAGGAUCUUCUUUUUGUAGUCGAUGAAGUUGAAAUGUGGUCGGCUUGAUUUCCAUGGAGCUGGGCAAGUUCUUUGUUCAAACUGUUUCAGAUUUUUUGAGGUGUAAGAUUUUGCCGUAUUCACUUUCAUUAUCGUGAUCGGUUGAUUGUUUUCGAGGGAAGACCUCGGGUCUCGGGACUAUCACACCGACGAGAAAAGGGUAUGCAGUGAAGAGGAUUCUAUGGGAACUAGGUACGAGGACUUCUACCGUCUAUUUCAAGGCGACGGGGGAAAAAAGACAAUAUGAGACUGCCUAUUGAACUAUCCUAGCUUUCUCAUAAGUAUUGUCACGGAAGGAUAUUGACGUACUGAUUUAUUCUAUAAAUAUCAAUAAAAAGUUUCUGUCCA